AUGACCUCGUAUGGCGGUUCUACCGAUCGGGGUAUGUCUCGUCGUCACUGGCAGCUCUCCGUCCUCAUGAUUAACUUUAGGUUGUUGCUCCAGGUUACCACUCGAUCCGCGACAAUAUACCCCAGGAGCUGCCGACCAAGCCGCCGUAUACUGCGCAUCUCGGCAACCUGUCGAUAUGACGCAACCGUCGAAACCGUCACCGAGUUCUUCGAAGAUUGCAACAUUGUGAACGUGCGGAUCAUCGAAGACCGUGAGCAGAACAGGCCCAAGGGCUUUGCCUACGCCGAGUUUGGCGACCUCGAGGGUCUCAAGACCGCCCUUACCCGUGAUGGCCAAAACUUCCAGGGACGCACCAUCCGCGUCAAGGUCGCUGAUCCACCGAGAGGUGGUGGCUUCGGUUCAUCGGAAGGAAUGCGUGAUCUCGACUGGGGUGCGAAGAGAGGCCCCCUAGCCGACCUCCCUGGCCGCGGCGGCGAUCGUCGUGGAGGUGACUUCGGAGAACGCCGUCGGGAAUAUCAGCCAAACGACGAUGGAAAAGUCCGGGACUUCAAUUCCUGGGAGAGGCGCGGCCCCCUAUCGCCCCGGGCCCCGCCCGAGCGCCCCGAGUCUCGCGAGGGGUCUCGCUCGCGUAAUAUGGAAAGCCGGUCCGAGUCGUUCCGUGGUGGGAAUCCGGAGAGCGUCGCCCGCAGCUUGGGGCCCGGCUGCCGAAAAGGAUUUCAACUGGGCGGAACAACAUGCGGGCCCGACUCGUCCGUUAAGUCGCCCGGCGAAUCUCGUGAGGGCAGUGAGGCACCUCCUUCGCCGGCGCCGUCGGCCGCCCUCCCUGCGGGACGGCCCAGGCUAAACCUAACCAAGCGGACCGUUUCGGAGGCGACCGAUGCGGCGGCUACUUCUACCCCUGGCGACGCAAAAGCCAGUCCGUUCGGCGCGGCUCGCCCGAUUGACACCGCCACACGUGAGCGGGAAAUUGAGGAGAAGCGCCUGAAGCUGGCAAAAGAGGCCGAGGAAAAGGCCAAAGAGGAAAAGCUAGCCAAGGAAGCUGCUGCCAAGGAAGCCGCAGAGAAGGCCGCUGAGGAGAAGGCUGCGGCCGAAGAAGCAGCGGCUAAGGCUAAGGAAGAGAAGGAGGCGUCUGCGGCGGAGGCGAAGGCCGCCCCCGAAGAGGGCGCUACAAAUGAGGCCACGACCGAGCAGAAACUCCCUGUUCGGACCCGUGAGGCACGGGAACCACCCAAGUCGCGGGCUGUCGAGAGCGGUAACUGGAGAACAACAUCAGGCGAGCAGCGUGCUCCGUCUCGUGGCGGCGGCAAUGUCCCCAGCGGUCCCCGCCGUGGAGGCCCCGCUCGUGGCCCUCGGGAUAACGGUCGCCCUCCCCGUGCCAAUGGUAGUGGCCCCACCCCGCAGCAGCCACUAUCCCCCACCAGCGAGCAAGCCCCGCCGACCCCGACGGUUGAUGAAGACGGCUGGACCACGGUCGCGGCCCCGAUCAAAGGUCGGCGUGGGGGGAGCGGCCGCCCGUUGGCUUCCUGA